AUGGCCCCCGCCAACAACUUCUUCAAGGCCGCGCGCCCUGCCUUCCGCCAGCAGGUCUUUGCCGGUGCCCAGAUCCGCAACGCUUUCCGCACCUCCCAGUUCCGCGCCCAGUUCCGCGAGAGCUCCAAGAGAUGGCAGAGCUCGACUGCGUCCGCCGAUGCCCAGGUUAGCUGGUUCAAGCGCAUGUGGGACAGCCCCAUCGGAAUCAAGACGGUGCACUUCUGGGCCCCCGUUAUGAAGUGGGCUCUCGUUCUUGCCGGUGUUGCUGACUUUGCCCGUCCCGCCGAGAAGCUGUCUCUCACCCAGAACGGUGCCCUGACGGCCACUGGUAUCAUCUGGACCCGUUGGUGCUUGAUCAUUAAGCCCAAGAACUACCUUCUUGCUGCUGUCAACUUCUUCCUCGGUGUCGUCGGUGUCGUCCAGUGCUCCCGUAUCCUCAUGUGGCAGCAAUCUCAGAAGAGUGUUGGUGACCUGGCCAAGGAUGUCAAGGAGGACGUCAAGGAGGCCGUCUCUUCCUAG